UGGGAAAGAGACGGACGUACGCGGCGGAAGUGUCGGCUCGAUACUCUUAAUUUAUUGGGACCGGACUUUUCCUUUGUUGCUUUUAAAUCUUCGAGUCCUGAAACUUCGUGCAUAGAGAUGCUAAGGCAUUUGGGUUCGUGUGUGAGGAAGUGCAGUGUAUUUAUAAAUACUGAUUAAGGAUUACAUUCUGAAGUGAUAAUUAGUUCAUGCAGAAUGAAAGAAAGACCACGCACAUCUUGUGCUAGCGAAUACAAUGGCAUGUUAUAAAGAAUUUUUGUAUAUUGUGGUAUAAGGCAAGCUUGUGUAAAGAACAAGAACACAAAAUGACUGUUGACAGUGAAGUUUAAUGAGAGAGAUGGUUAAGUCAAAUAAUCCAUAUUUGCGAUUGGGCUCUUAUGUGAUUUUUGCAUGUUGUGAGAAUUUGCAAAUUCGCCCUAAAUGAGAUUGGGAGUAGGAACCUCCUUACCAAUAUUUGCGUAGGAAGUCAUGGAGGUAGGACUUGUUGAUUCAGAGCCAUGGUGCAAAUUGCCGUAAAUUUUUGUGAUAUAUACUUAUUUUCCUCAAAAUUAUCGGUUAUGCAAAAACCGCUACUAACGGAAUUAUAUAAGAAACUAUAUUUAUGAGCAACUGGUCAUCGUUUGGCAACACAGGUCCUGUUUAUGAAAAAAUUAAAUAAGUUGAAGGAAAAGUAUGGCGAAGUUAGUAGUGAAAUAAAUGGAAGAGAACUUUAAAGACAACAUAAGUAAAGCAUGCAAAAUGUAUAGAUAGGAAAAGGAUAAAAAAAAAAAAAGUCUGCAGGGGUAGUGAUGCAACGAUGAGGAAAGUAUCUAACCAAGGGAGAAAAGACCAACGGGUGAGUUCAUAAGAAAUGCUUGAGAUAAGAAGCCCACGGCUCGAGGGAAUUCAACGGACCACGUAACUCCAAUAUAAAGAUACGGAACUCAGUACCCGUGGAAAAUUCAUAAUGAUGAACGACAACACUGAAAUGAUGAUGGAGAAAACCCGGUCACUGACCGAUCUAGUGAAUCUCUGUGUUUACGAUCAGCAGCUGAGCUGCAAGAAAGAAGAGAAACCUGAGGUACAAAACGUUCCCGCAAGUCAGUCUCCCAGUGCACAAUGAGCUGAUGUGCGGAUAGACAACUAGGAGCUGUAGGUUCUCAAACGACAGAUAGAAUCCAUAGAAGGAAUGGAGUUACUACGAUUGUCUUUCUCUCUCUACCCGUGGUUGUGAACUUAGCCCCCGCAGAUGAAUUCAUAAUGAUGAAGAACAAUAAUGCAAUGAAACUGGACAGUGGAUAUCACACAAAACGUUUUGGGCAUGCGAAAGAUGAUGCAAUCCUUCUAGAAGCUUCUAAUAUGACGUAACUUUACAGAAAAAUUUUGAAAUCUGCACGUGGUUAUGGCAAAGACGUACGUGUAUGAAACCAGUCAUGAACGUAUUAGCUCAACAAAGACACAUAUUCGAUCAAGACAGAAGUUGAGUGAAAACUGGACAGUGGAUAUCACACAAAACGUUUUGGGCAUGCAAAAGAUGAUGCAAUCCUUCUAGAAGCUUCUAAUAUGACAUAACUUUACAGAAAAAUUGUGAAAUCUGCAAGUGGUCACUGCAAAGACGUACGCCGUAUGAAACCAGUCAUGAACGUAUUAGCUCAACAAAGACACAUAUUUGAUCAAGACAGAAGUUGAGCGAGUUGUCCGUCAUGGAGCUAAGACAGACUAUAAGGAUCAGAUUAUCAAAAUAAGAUCAUUUAUCAAGAUUCUUGAAGCAACAUGCAGGACUGAAAAGGAGGUUUAGAGCGAACCCUUCUGAAUGUUUGAUGGUUACAGUAAAAUUUCCUUCGCCAUUAUAAUGUCGAUGAUCUAUCACGCAGUUCUGAUAAAUCAUUCCUUCGCCAUUCCAGCGAGGUCGAGACACUCAUCCACUGUAGCCCCCUAGGACUAUAAGGCCUUUGCAAACUCAAUCGAAAAUGAGCCGCUUUAAGCUUUUCGUAAAUGAGAGUCUCCCAGCCCUCAUCGAAUCAGACCUAAAUGUUUCAGGGCUCGAAGAAGAAUCAGUUACCUUGGGUACUUGGCCUCACUUUGCACUGGCGAUGCCCUUAUGGGAGGCAGUGGUGACUGUGAUCUCUUUAUCCAUCAUUAUUGUCUUUACUAUAGUAGGGAAUGUCCUCGUCAUCCUAUCGGUGUUUACCUACCGGCCUCUUCGAAUCGUUCAGAAUUUUUUCAUUGUCUCUUUGGCUGUUGCUGAUUUGACGGUGGCUGUGUUUGUGUUGCCAUUUAAUGUGGCCUAUAGUAUCAUCGGGAAAUGGAUCUUCGGGAUCCACCUGUGCCAGAUGUGGUUGACUUGUGACAUCAUGUGUUGUACGGCCUCCAUUCUGAACUUGUGCGCCAUUGCCCUCGAUCGGUAUUGGGCCAUUACUGACCCCAUCAGUUAUGCCCAAAAGAGAACUUUAAAACGUGUCCUCAUAAUGAUUGGACUCGUCUGGGUUAUUAGUGUAAUUAUUUGCCUGCCACCUCUCUUUGGUUGGAAUGACUGGCCAGAUGUGUUUACGGAAGAUACUCCUUGUAUUCUGACAGAAGAAAAGGGUUUUGUCAUCUACUCUUCGUCCGGGUCAUUCUACUGUCCCCUCCUCAUCAUGACGACGGUAUACGUGAAGAUAUUCACGGCCACGCGCCGUAGAUUAAGAGAGAGGGCUAAGGCCUCUAAACUAAAUGAAAUUCCUUACAGAGGGAAAGCUAGAAUCCCAAAAGAAGAGGACUCAGCCGUCAGUGAGAAUGGACAGAAUGGGUAUAAUGAAAGUUGUAAGAAAAAGUUAGUUCACAAGAAGAAGAAAAAGAAAAGGAAGCAAUCGACAGCAUCUGAACCAAACAGUUCCGCGACAAAUCCCAAUCUGGUUCCUCCUCCAAUAGCCGAGACCUCCAUAACUGAAAAUGAUAUCAGUAAUACGAAAGAUGAGACAACGCCAGUGGAGGAAGAGAAAAAGAACGAAGUUGCCGUUAAAGUCGGCCCAAAAGGUGGUAAUCAAAUUCAUCAGUUCAUUGAAGAAAAACAGAAAAUAUCCUUGUCGAAGGAACGCCGUGCUGCCCGAACGCUCGGUAUUAUCAUGGGAUCUUUCGUAGUGUGUUGGUUGCCGUUCUUCCUAAUGUAUGUCAUUUUACCAUUUUGCAGCACCUGCAAACCAAAUGAAAAACUCGUAAACUUUAUAGUUUGGCUGGGCUAUAUCAACUCGUCUCUUAAUCCAGUCAUAUACACUAUCUUUAAUCUGGACUUUCGUCGAGCCUUUGCUAAAAUUCUGAGGUGCCCCAAUGCUGCAACAGUGUAGUCAAAUACUCAUCAUCGAUGUACUAAGAAAGUAUGUGGUUGUGUAGGGAGGGGAAGUCACUUGCUCAUAAGUAAAGAAUGCAUAUCCAUAUGACCUAAAUACGGCUUUCAAAUUGUUUCUUCCAUUUAUUCUUCCUAAUGUAUCAUUAAAGCAAAGCCAUGAAUUAGGACUUCCACUUGAGAUUUAAGUUGAUUCAAAAUAAUGUGAAUGCAAACUACGAGAAUUGGAGAAGAAAAUGAAAUGGUGAAAUUAAAAUACAGUUUGAUUCUUUCUGUUUUACAAAGUAAACAAUCAUAUGCAAGGAAACCUCAUUUUUUAAAGUAUAUUCAGACAAAUAUUUAAAUAAAAAUUAGGAUGAUAUCUAAAAUCAUUUACAAGAUUUUUAUGCAAGAAGAUAUACUAACUACUUACAAGAUUCAAAGGUAUGUGAGUCAGUCAACAUUGAUGUUACCUGUUGUUUGGUAAAAACAAUAUAAAUUGUAAUAUAGAUUUCGUGAAUAUACAAAUUCUAUUUAUUACAUUAAAAUAUGACAUUAUCAUGACUAUAAUUCCAGUAUUUUUACUGGAGACAUUGAAAUUAUUGUAAAAUCAUGCAUACUCAUUAAUCUGAUCAAAUUGACUUAUAUAAUAGACCUAACAAAUUUCUUGUUCUUUAUUCAUUUCUACACAUCAGCUGCUUUGCUUCUUUACAAACAACGGUUAUAUUUUAGGUGACACUAGCCUAAUUUAUAUUACGAUUAUGUCUCAUAAGGUGCUGUUAUACGGUCAAAUUUCCUAACAUCUUUUUCAGCAUUUAUGCCAAAGUUUGUACAAGUUCAGUGAGGUCGCUCAGUUUAGUCUUCAUGUCGCCAUAGAUCAGUACCUGUGUUUGCGUGGGCAGAAACAACUAUCUUUUCAUGUUAAUCUUCAACUGAUGCUAUCGAAUGUAAAUCAACACAAACGAGCCCAGAUUAGUAAUGUUAUAUCAUAUAAUACCCUUCGUAAACGAUUCUCUCCUUCAAUAGCUUUUUUGCUAACAAUUAGGAGUUGCCAAGGGCAAUUCUAUGAUCAUAAUGUUCAGUAGAUGAACAUUCACAAUUGGCAAACUUAAGUAUAAAAUUAUUAAGAUGGGUUUAUCACUCAACUAAGGGUGUAUUCAACUCCCAUCUGCAGAAAGAAUAAUGCCUUCAGCACUCAAGCAGUUGUGGGACAGAAUGAACACUCUUUUCUGCAAUGAAUAUAUUUCAAUUAUAGUGCAAAUUUAGAAAAGUUAAUAUCGAUAUUUCUUCAUCCUGUGCAUUACACUUUGUUGUAACAAGAGUAGAUUGAUUCAUACCGCCACACUAGACAUAUUGAAAUUUCUUAGUUAUAUACCUUGUGCGAUCCUGUUGCUUUCAAGAUUUGCAAGAAUUCCUUAUGGAAAAAAUCAAAUGGAGAAAGAAUGAAAUGAGGAAUAGAACACAAGAUGAACUGUAUUCAGGGAAGUGAACCCACCCCUAAACCAAAAAAAUAAAUGUUCAAUAAAAUGUAUUCAUAUGUUCUAUAAAGUUAUUAUAUACAUAAGUUUUGAAACAAGUAUCAGGUUCCACUCCAUUUUCAUCUCUCUCUCUCUCUCUCUCUCUCUCUCUCAUGGUCUCGUUUUGGGUUAUUUGGGUUUAUGAUUCAAAAUCAAGUAACCCAUAACUGACUGCCAUCAUGAUGUGAAUAUGAGUGAAGUAGAAUAUAAAAACCGAGGGUAAAAUAAUAAAAGAAUAAUACCUUUGCUGAAUAUAUUUUUUAAAAUCAAGCUAAUCGGUCAUUUCACCUUCUAUUUAGUGCUUUUACUCUUCGAAAACGCAUUUUGACGUUGUAAAUAAAGUUUAGCUGCUGAUCAUCAUUCUGUUAAAAAAAUGGUAAAAGGUAUUCCGUUUCUAGACAUACCGGAAAGUCAUUGGUCAUUUUUAAUUCAUCAGUGAGGAAGAAAAUCUUAGCAGAAAACAUUACCAAGUCAUUAAUGAGUCUUGGAUAAAGACAGAGAUACAUUAUAGGAUAUCCGUCAGUGUAUAUAAACAUAAAAUAAGAUAUAUGUAUGUAUAAAAAAGAAUUAUAAAAAAUUUAUGUGGCUUCGUCCCGUGGUAUGCUGUACCAUGAUGUGAUAAUAAUCUUGUAUUUCAGGUUAUGUAGAGGUUAUCAACGCUGCUGUUAUGAUUCAGAACAGUGUUGGACAACGACGUAGACUUGUGCUCAAAUUUGUAAGUUCUUGGGGAGUCAGAGAACGAGAAUAAUAAAAGGAGAGGUUAAAAAGAACGGGGGGGGGGGGGGGGGGAGAUGGCAAAGGGCUCCUUUAAAAAGCCUCAGAAUGUUUGUUUUAUCUUUUAUUUACCUCUUGUGUGUGUUAUUUAAUAUAAAUUAUAAAUAUAUAUAAAGAAUGUAAUUAAGAUGUAUAAUAAUGGCUACUCGCGUUGACGUUUAUGUAGAGUAUUUUCUGUAAGAAUUUUGAGAUAAAA